AUGCCUGCUGUUUUCUCAGUAGCUGAACUUGUUUUGGGUCUUUGUGUCACGGUCACUUUUGGAAAUACAGAAGUUAAGUUUUCAGGUCAAACAAAUUUUGUGCUGAAUGAAACGAGCACUUCAGUUAUACGCCUGGUCAUUGAAAGGACAGGAUCACCAGCCAAUGUCACCGCGCUCUUACUGCUUAAAGGGGAGGAUACUGGUGAUUUUGAAGCCACAUCUGCUGCAGCCCGAUUACUGGCUACAGAAACAAACAAAACAGUAUAUGUUGCAGUCAAGGAUGAUGAUUUUCCAGAAGCAGACGAAACUUUCAUAUUUUACCUAAGGCUGCAGGGUACUUCUACAGAUGUGAUGCUUGGAAUUCCCGAUAUUGCUACAGUAACUAUUCUGUCAAAUGACAAUGCUUUUGGAAUUAUAUCUUUCAAUAUGUCUUCCAUAAUCAUAGUGAAUGAGGCAAGGGGUAGAAAUCAAAUUGUGCCACUUAGUCUAAUCAGAAAGAAAGGAACGUACGGGACUGUAACUGUAUACUUUGAGAUUACGGCUGGUUCAAGUUCUGCAGAUGAAGACAUCAGUCCUGCAAGAGGCAAUAUCAUUCUUCCUCCUGGAAGAGCAACGCUAGUUUAUAACCUUUACAUUAUUGAUGACCAGAUUCCUGAAAAUGAUGAGGUUUUCACUGUGCAACUGACAGGUGUUGAAGGUGGAGCUGAAAUCAAUGAUACACAAAACAGCUUUCAAAUUAAAAUCAACAAAAAUGACAGUCCAGUGCGAUUAGCACAAGCAAUGUACGCUGUAUCAGAAACAGUUGAUGUGAUUACUGUACCAGUCAUCCGUGGGAAGGAUCAAGAAGGAAAAGUAAUUGGAUCUGAUGAUGCUCUGGUUUCUAUUAAUUACCAGACAGUAACUGGCAACAGUUCAGCCAGUGCAUUGCUACAAUCCGAUUUUAUUGAUCUCCAAUCAAACAGAACUAUUAUUUUCCCACCGUAUGUUAAUGAGGUUUUUCUGAAAUUUCAGAUUAUCAAUGAUACUAUCCCUGAAAUUGCAGAGUCAUUUCAGGUUGUGUUACUUGAAGAUACUAUAAAGGGUGAUGCUGUACUGCUUACUCCCAAGACAGUUCAGAUUAUUAUUGAGCCAAAUGACACACCUCAUGGAGUUCUGUCCAUCAGUAGCAGUCUUUCAACACAAAAAGUUGUUAUCAGUGAAGACAUGACUACAAGAUUUGAUGGAAUUACCAUUGUAAGAAAUGGUGGAACUCAUGGCAACGUUUCGGUGAACUGGCUUAUUUCAAGAAACAGUAGUGAUUUUUCUCCUGUCACUGCAGACCUAAUGCCAAUUUCAGGAACCAUAAGCCUUCUGGAAGGGCAGAUGCUGGCCACAGUGACCCUCACCAUCAUUAAUGAUAAUUUGCCUGAGGAAGCAGAGGCUUAUCUUUUUCAAUUGUUGAAUAAUACAGUAAAGGGAGGAGCAGAAUUAGAUGAACCCACGCAAAUUAUUUUCUAUAUUCAGGAUAGUGAUGAUGUCUAUGGCUUAAUUAAAUUCCAUUCUAUGGAUGAACCGAAGAUAGAGAGUAGUCCUGCUGGGCGGUUCCUGUCGUUGAGUUUUGCCAGACACAAUGGAACAUUAGGGAUUGUGAAGUUAAACUUCACAGUACUGUACAUCCCUGCUGGUGUUUUGGAUCUUUCUACAGCAAAGGAUGAUAUCCUUAAUGUUUCUAGUAAAAACAGCAUUAUCUUCAUGCCAGGACAAUCACAGAUAAGCCUCAAACUACCAAUAAGAAAUGACGCAUUCCUUCAAAAUGGAGCACGUUUCUUUGUGCAGCUUGAAACGGUGGAGUUAGUAAACAAGGUUCCUCUUGUUACGUCAGUGAGUCCCAGGCUGGGUGAACCUCUAAACAUCUCACGGACAGUUACAUCUGACCUAGCAAAUGGAGAGGUUGGAUUUACCAGCAAUGAAACGCUUCUUGUUUAUGAACCGGAGAAUUCUUCUGAUAGUCAGAUAUACAUUGCUUUGCAACGAGAUGGAACUGAUGGCUCUGCAGAAGUUUACUGGCAUUUGAAACCUACAGGGGUUAAUCAUCACAGUAUCACCAAUGAUGACCUGAGCCCAAUGAAUGGGUCUGUUAUAUUCUUAUCAGGCCAGAGCAAUGCCACAAUCAACAUUACAAUAAGAGCAGAUGACUUGCCUGAAAUAAAUGAGACUUUGAUUAUCUCGUUAGACCGGGUAGAGACAGAAAGAUUUAUGGUAUACUUUGGAACUAGCCCUGAAAAUCAGAUUGUGAAAUCAGGAUUUACCAGUCGAAAGAUAAUUAUUUUACAAAAUGAUGACCCAGGUGGAGUGUUUGAAUUCUCCCCACAAACGAGAGGACCAUAUUUUGUCAAUGAAGGUGUUGCCUUUGAACUCAAGAUUGUCCGAUAUCGUGGAGCACUUCUGAAGCAAUUCUUGCGCUAUGUUGUGGAACCAAAAACAUCUUUCGAGUUUUACGGGAAUACAGGAGUCUUGGAAUUUGAUCCUGGGGAAAGAGAAAUAGUAAUAACAUUGUUAGCAAGGGAGGAUGAUAUACCUGAGCUGGAUGAACAAUAUUCUGCAAUACUCAAUAGCCACAGUUUUCCACCAAGCAAAUUAGGAACUGCUACACAGAUCAAUAUCACAGUUUUGAAGAAUGAUGAUCCCCAUGGCGUAAUACAGUUCAUCACUCAGGAAUUUACUAAAACUAUAAAAGAAAGCGAGGGGGAUACCAUAUACACAGCUAGCUUUCCUUUAAUCCGUGACCGAGGAACAUUUGGUAAUGUUAGUGUGUCCUGGAUUGUGGACCCUGCUUUCACGAAUGAUGUUUACCCAGUCCAAGGUGUGGUCAACUUUAACAGUGCUGAAUCGUCAAAAAACAUCACUCUUCAGUCCCUUCCUGACGCAAUUCCUGAAGAAAUAGAAACUUUCACGAUCUUCCUUUAUAAUACGACUGGAGGUGCCAGACUUGGAAAUGUACUUAACGCAACUCUUCUUAUUAAUAAAAAUGAUGAUCCCAUUUAUCUUGAAGACCCAAUUAACCUUCGAGUCCAAGAAGGAAGUGUUGCCAGUUUCACAGUUGUUAGAAAUGGAUCUGCUGACAAGGUUGUUGCUGUUGUUUAUGAUGUUGAGAGCGGAGGAGCAUCCAGCAUCGAAGGAGACUUCCUUUCUCCUGGUGAAAAUAAUACUCUGGUAUUUGAAGUUGGAGAAAGAGCUAAGACUAUUUCUGUUGUUAUUAAUGAAGAUGAUGUUCCUGAAACAGAUGAAGUAUUCUACAUCGUGCUGCUUCAUUCUACAGGAGAUACAGUUGUCUAUGAGACCUCAAGGGCUACAGUUAUUAUUGAAGCAAAUGAUGAUCCUAAUGGAAUUUUUUCACUUGAACCUUUUGAAAAGAAUGUAUUUGAAGGAAUGGCCAACAAUUUUACGAUUAUAAGACAACGAGGAAAAUUUGGCAAUGUCUCUGUUUCAUGGCAGCUGUUUAUUAAUGAUUCUUUUUUGGAACCUGGGGAAGAGUUUAUAGAAACGACUGGGAUUGUCCUGUUCACAACUGGGGAACAUGCCCGUCCUAUAACGCUCUAUGCAGUUGCUGAUGGAACUCCAGAAUUCAAUGAAAUUUAUGUUCUGAGGUUGCUCAAUGUUUCAGGAGGAUCCCCUGGUCCUGGUGCUAAGUUAUCAAAUGGCAGCUUAAGCACAAAUGUUGUGAUUCCAUUUAAUGAUGAUCCUUUUGGAGUUUUUGUUCUGGACCCAGAAAGCCAAGACAGGGAAGUUGCAGAGGACGUCAUUUCAGUUGAUGAUAUGUCAUACAUUACAAACUUUACCAUUCUGCGACAUAAAGGCACAUUUGGGGAUGUUCGAAUUGGAUGGGAGAUACUGUCCAAUGCAUUCAGGCAUGGAUUGCCUGAUUUGACAGACUUUAUACUGGUUGGAACAUUUCCCAAAUCUGUUGAAUUACGGCCUCAUUCAAGGAGACAUCACACCGGUACAGAUGCUCUGUACUUUAGUGGAGCAGAAGGUGUUUAUGGAACCAUUAACCCAGAAUAUCAUCCAAAGAGAAAUAAUACACUUGCAAAUCUUACAUUUUCUGCAUGGGUGAUGCCUGAUCCCAACACUGAUGGAUUUAUCGUCUCAAAAACAAGCAUCAAUGGAAGUAUUUACUAUGCUGUGAAAGUGAUGACAAAUGAAUCUUCUGUGUCACUCAUGUUCCUGUAUUCUCCUUUGGGGUCAAAUACCACUCAUAUCGCCACAGCAACAGCAUUGAAACAGGUUGAAGAAAGGACUUGGAUACACAUUAUAAUCGUGGUAUAUGAUGGGAUAAUUGAAUUUUAUUUGGAUGGGACUCAACUUCCUGUUGGCAUCAAGCAUCUCAAAGGGGAAACAAUUGCAGAUGGCCCUGGUGUUUUAACUGUUGGGGCAGAUGCUGAUGGAAUGAACAGGUUUGCAGGACUGAUGCAAGAUGUGAGAUUAUAUGGCUGUAAACUGAACCGAGCAGAAAUCCAUGAAAUUCAUGCUACUCCGGCAAAGGCUGAUCUGCAUCCAAUAUCAGGAUAUCUGGAUUAUAGACAUGGUGAAAAAAUGAAGUCAUUUAUUGUUGCUGCAAGGGAUGACAGCGAAGAGGAAGGGGAAGAAUCUUUCAUAUUAAAAGUGACUGCUGUGCAUGGUGGAGCCAGAAUAUCACAAGAAAAUACCACAGCCAGGCUACGCAUACAAAAAAGUGAUAAUGCUAAUGGAUUGUUUGGUUUUACUGGGACCUGCAUUCCACAGACAUCUGAAGAGGGAUCUACAAUCUCAUGUGUUGUGGAAAGAACAAGAGGUGCCUUAGAUUAUGUUUAUGUGAAUUACACUAUCUCACAGAUUGAACUUGACAACAGCAAUAUCAGUGAUCUUGGCAAUUCCACUGGCACUAUUACCUUUGAACCUUGGCAAAGCUCAGAGGUUUUGAAUAUACAUGUCAUAGAUGACGACUUGCCUGAGCUUGCUGAACACUUCAUCGUUUCUCUGGUUUCUGCAAUUUCUGGAGAUGGUAAAAUGGGCUCCACUCCAACCAGUGGAGCCAGUAUAGACCCAGAGAAGGCCAGCACAGAAAUCACUAUAAAAUCCAGUGACCAUCCAAAUGGUUUGCUACAAUUUUCCACGCAGCUACCACCUGAUGGUGACUCAGUUAUCCCCCCUGCCCUCUCCGUACCAAGCAUCAGAGUGAAGGAGGAGGUUGGCCUACUCAGAUUGCUAGUUGUCCGUGCACAGGGUCUUCUGGGAAAUAUCAUGGUAGCAUACCAAACUGUUCCUCUGACAGCUUCCAGUCCAUCUGAUUACCAGGAAACAUCUGGCAUUUUGGAUUUUAAGCCUGGAGAACAAUAUAAGUACAUAACUGUAAAUAUCACUGAUGAUCUUGUUCCUGAACUGCCAAACCGCUUUAAGAUGGUGCUUCUGAAUUCUGAAAGAGAAGUGGCUGAACUCUUUGACAUAGGUACCAGCGGUAGUGGUGAUGGUGCAGUGGACUUCUUCCCUCCAGCUAUCCACCUUCGUGCCAGUCUUGGGAUAGCUUCCGAAAUCAUAGUGAUUAUUGAAGCCUCUGAUGAUGCCUAUGGUGUGUUCCAGUUCAGCAAUGAUUCUUUGUAUAUGAAUAGUACAGAACCCAAAGACAGUCUUGAAAUUGUUUUAUUACAGGUUGAACGAGCUGGUGGUACUCUGUCUCAGGCAACCUUAUUUUGGGAUGUUGUUUCUGAUCCUUACAAUGAUUUGGUCAACAUCCAUGGCAAUGUCACAUUCAAAGUCGGACAAUCUCUGGCCAACAUUGUGCUGCAGGUGGCUUCUGAUGAAGUGCCAGAAUUGGAUGAAGAAUUUAUGAUUUACAUCAGUAACGUUUCACACGGUCGCCUAGGAAUUUUAACAAAUGCUACUUUGACAGUCCUAGCUAAUGAUGACCCCUAUGGAGUGUUUGUCUUUUCGGAAAGAAGUCAGCCAGUCAGAGUUGAAGAAGGAGACCUGAAUGUGACACUGACAAUUGAGCGGUUAAGUGGAUUUAUGGGUAUUGCCUUGGUCACGUACUCAACUGUGGAUGAUACAAAGUCAGCUAAUCUGCCAUAUUUCAUUACUAGAGCAACAAAGGAAACUGAUUACCUUGUUAUAUAUGGGUCAAUAAUCUUUGAAGCCAAUCAAACAGAAGCGAAUAUAACGAUUCCCAUACUGGAUGAUGUGGAACCUGAGCGACCAGAGUCUGUGUUUGUCCAGUUGGAUAAUGUCGCGCUGCUAAAAGGGGAGCAGGACAGGCCAAUUGUUGGCUCUCCACGACUUGGACAGAAGGAUGACAUCAUGGCCCAUGUGAUAAUCAAUGCCAACGAUGAUGCAUUUGGUACUCUGCAGCUUUCAACUUCCGCUGUACGAGUUUCUGAAAAUUAUAUUGGACCAAUAAUCAAUGUGACCAGAACUGGGGGGAUAUUUGCAGAUGUUUCUGUAAAAUUCCAAGCUUUGUCGAUGACAGCGAGAGUUGGUGAAGAUUACAGUAUAGCAUCUUCUGAUGUUCUUUUGCUCGAAGGGGAAACAAGCAAAGCUGUGCCAAUUUACCUCCUUAAUGACAUAAUUCCAGAGCUUGAAGAGUCAUUUCGUGUUGAACUUAUUAAUGAGACGACAGGGGGGGCUGUGCUUGGAGCUGUCACACAGGCAACCAUUACGAUCGAAGCUUCAGAUGACCCUUAUGGAUCCUUCGCUUUUGAAACGAUAGAAUUUAUUGUCGAAGAGCCAGAAUCUGAAACUACAAAGAUAAAUCUACCAGUUGUUCGACAUGCUGGAACACUUGGUACUGUUACAGUCCAGUGGGUUGCCAUGACAAAUGAUCAGCAAGUUACCGAUGAUCUUCAGGUGGCCUUGGGUGAGGUGACAUUUGCUCCUGGGCAAACUAUUCAAAACCUACAAUUGGAACUUCGAGCAGAUGAUUUCCCUGAAAUUGAGGAGACCAUCCAAGUAAAACUUACCAGUUCUACUUAUGGAAGCUCCAUUGGGAGGAAUAAUGUGGCAAGUAUUAUUGUUCCAGCCAAUGACAACCCACACGGUACUGUUUAUUUCACACAGAAAGUGUACAGAGUGCAGGAACCACUGGAAGGAAAUUCCAAAAUAAACAUCACUGUGAAAAGAAGUGGAGGCCGUUUUGGGCAACUGCGGAUAUUUUACAGCACCUCCAAAAUUGAUUUUGUGGACCUUCUGGUGAAAGAAGGACAGGACAUUUUCUCUUAUUACGAACCACCAAUCACUGGAGUUGCAAGUGGCCAGCCUAUUCUUCAUGAAAAUGUUUCUCUGACGAGGAAUGCUUUUCAUAUGUGUGCAGCUAUUUGUCUCAAGGAAGAAGCUUGUUCAGCCUUCUCAUUUACAAAUAUCUCUGGGAUAGCCCAAUGUUCCUGGAUAGCUUCAUUGUCGAACAUACUGACCAACAGUACAGAAUUCAUAAUCUAUCGCAAGAACAGUUCAAGUAUAUCGGCUCUGCUGAGUACGCAGGCAACAGCUGGCAGUGACUAUGAGCCAGUCACUGGGUUAUGGGCGAGCAUGCAUGAUGGAGAAGAGUUUGCUAAUCUCUCGGUUACAAUUCAAACUGACAGUGCACCGGAAUGUGAUGAAAAAUUUUCCAUUUUGCUUUCAAAUGUGGAACUGUUGAAUGGAACGGUCAUCCCAGCAAACCAGCCCACAAUUGGCCAACCAAAUAUCUCCACUAUUGUAAUAGCUAUGAAUGGAGAUGCAUUUGGGAUCUUUUUGAUUUACAGUACACAUCCGAAUGCCACAGAUGAAGGGAGUUAUCUUGAAGUAAUGGAAGCAACUCAGACAACAGUGCAGCUGGUCAUAGAUAGGAGUGGUGGGAGUCUUGGUGAGGUAACAGUGGAGUGGCGCGUGGUUGGUGGCACGGCUACAACAAGCAUUGAUUUCAUUGGUGAUGGCGAAAUUUUAACAUUUGGAGAAGGUGAGGAUAGGAGACUUAUCACAUUAACAAUUGUCGAUGAUGAAGAACCAGAAGACAAUGAAACCAUUCUAGUCCGUCUAACGCAUACUGAGGGUGGCAGUCGUAUUCUGCCCAGCUCUGACACUGUCACUGUGGUCAUAUUAGCCAAUGAUUAUGUUGCAGGAGUAAUUAGUUUUCACGCAUCCUCCCGGUCUGUAAUUGGACAUGAAGGAGAAAGCGUGUUGCUCUGGAUUGAGAGGAGUUCUCCUAGAAAGGGAAAUGUAACUGUUGACUGGAACAUCCAUGGAAAACAUGCUCAGGACAAUUUUGCAGAUACUAGUGGAACACUUUUACUUUCUGAGGGUGUUUUAAAUGCAUCUUUUCUCGUCCACCUAUUUGAUGAUGUUAUUCCUGAAGAAAAGGAGGAAUACAGAAUCAUUUUAUCAAAUAUCAGAACUCAAGGUGUUCUCUCAACAGGUGCAGCUAUUAUUGACAACCAAGGAUACAAAGCUGUUCUUACCGUGGAGGCCAGUGAUGAACCACAUGGGGUAGUUAAGUUUGCUCUGUCGUCUCAAACUGUUUCCACUGAGGAAGGAAAUAAACCUAUUCAGCUGUUUAUCAAUAGGGAGUUUGGAUCCUUAGGUGCAAUUAACAUCACAUUUGAGACAGUUGAAGGAUCUUUGCAACCUGUGAACCUGAUUGAACAGUCACUGGCUGAGCCUGGACUUGAUUUUCUGUCUGUUUCUGACUUUGUUAUUAUGGAGGAAGGAGAAGCCACAACUGUUAUAAACAUCACUAUUUUAGAGGAUGACAUUCCUGAGUUGCAGGAGUUCUUCCUUGUGAAUCUAACAUCUGUUGAGCUCCUCUUACAUGAUCUGACCAGCUUCCCUCCUAGAUUAGAUGCUGCAGGUCAAGUUUCCCAGAUAACUAUUGAUGCAAAUGAUGGUAUAAAAGGCACCAUUCAGUGGCACAGCAUUAACUUUGAGGUGAAUGAAACCACUGAAAACCUAACCUUGGUGAUACACCGAGAUGGGGGUGCAUAUGGGAAUGUAUCUCUGUUUUACGAUGUUCAGAAUCUAGAAGCUCAAUUGGGACAGGAUUUCAAUGUGACACCAAUGUGGAUUUUUUUUGCUGAUGGGGAGAGAUACAAAUUCCUUGAGGUUACAGUUCUUGAUGAUGAUAUUCCAGAAAGUGAUGAAGCCUUCCAGCUGGUUCUCACCAAUCCGUCUUUUGGACUAGAACUAGGAGAAAGAACCACAGUCACAGUAACCAUUUUUGCCAAUGAUGAUGGACAUGGGAUUCUAUCAUUCAACAACACUGAGCACUUCUUCCUCAAGGAGCCAACUGCCGUUGGUUUAUCAGAGAGUGUUGCAAUACUGCACAUUGUACGGAACCCACCACUGGGGACAUUUGGAAUGGUGACUGUUAAAUAUAUUGUCACAAGUAUGAAUGGCUCAGACGCAUUGCUUGACCUGAAACCUACACAAGGUUUUAUUGUGUUUGAAGAUGGUGAGAGAAUGAAGAUUCUGCAAAUUUCUGCUAUAUUGGAUGAAGAAGCAGAGAUGGAUGAACAAUUCCUGGUUACUUUGUAUGACCCCACCGGAGGGGCCAGACUGGGGCGUACAGUGCAGAACCUGAUAACAGUAGUUCAGAACGAGGCACCGCUGGGACUUUUUAGUAUCUUCCCAAUCGAAAACAGAACUCGCUCAGUCCAUCUGGAAGAAAGCAAUAGCAUUUUGUAUUUAAUAGUAUCACGAAGUAAUGGUUUGAAGAAUAAAGUCACUGUGGAAUGGGAGACACAGUCUCAAACAGCACUUGGAUUAAAGGGUGAUAUCGAACUGCUAUCCACAUUGCAGAAUUUUCCUGAAUCAUUUGGCUCAGAUUGGUGUUUUUUGACAUUAAACAACAGCCUGUUUGGAAUUUUUCUUCGAACAUCUGGAAGCAGUUCCAGAGCAGAUGUUUUGUCAACUGUUUAUCAAUGGCGAGGUGUAUUUGUUCCAGUGCAGAAAUUCAAAACAUGGAAUCCCACAGAUUGCACAACCUUUGUCAAAAACGAUGUGUCCUACAUAAUCAUUACUGAUAGUGGAAUAACAGGAAUGAAAGCAUCACAUAACAGCAUUUACAGGUUUACUCUGCAAUCCGAAAUGACAUUGAUUCAGUCUUUAACUGUACCUGAAACCAGUGAUGUGCAACACUUUACAUGGGACAGUCUAGAUUAUUUGAUCGUUAGUAGUCAAGCAGACACUCAGGACAGUGAUUCAAAGAUCUAUAGAUGGACUGGACAGUUAUUUAUUCUGCACCAAAACAUUCCCACCCGCGGGGCCACUGGACUCACUUUGUUUAAUCGAGGAAAUCUAUUGUACUUGGCUGUUUCCCAAUCCAGCUUCAAUCAGGUAUCAGUUUUCUAUCAAUGGAGUGAUGACCAGUUCAAAAAGCUGCAGAAUUUGAUGGUUCAAGGAGCAACGCAUGUUAGCAGCAUGACAGUGGGAGCUGAUGUUUACUUCGUCUUUUGUAACACUACAAUUGGAGGCAACCAUCCUUCUUGUCUGGUGUACAUUUGGAAGACUGGUCAACUUGCUUUAAAACUGGUUCAGACAAUUCCUGUUAAAACUGUCAGAAGUAUCUUCCUUUUUUCUCCUUCCUCAGGCUUUGUUCAUCUUCUGCUAACUGGUGAAAAUCAGUCACUCCUCUACAUAUGGAACUCAGCAACCAGCCAGUUUAUAUUGGUGCUGGAACUUCCUGCAGCAAAUGAUAUGGUUUCUGUCACUGUGCCUUCACUUAAUGGAAACAAAACCCUCAUUGCUUCAGCAGGUGAUUUGGAAUCCUGGGUCUAUGAGCUAGUUUCUGUAUCUAACCAAUCCGAUUUUAUUCCAGGGUCUGGUGAACUCAUAUUUGAACCUGGGCAUAAAGAUGCUGUGAUCGCAAUAAAUAUUCUUGAUGAUGAUAUACCAGAAGAUGAUGAGACUUUCUCAGUGAGGCUCACAAAUGCAAAAGGAGGAGCUGAAAUUGGUCCUAAUGAUCAAGUAGCUAUAGUCAUCCAGUCAAAUGAUGAUGCACAUGGGAUAAUUGGUUUUGUGCAGAGUUCGUUGUCCAAGCAAGUAGAAGAAUUGGAACAGAAUAGUAUGGUCAUUCUGAGCAUUGAGAGGCUGCGAGGAACACACAGAGUUGUGACUGUACAAUGGACAGUCAGUGGACACAUCAAUUACAUCUUUCCAACUUCUGGAACGUUCACUUUUACAGAGGGUCAAGCACUCACUACAAUUUCACUUACCGUAUUGGCUGACAACAUUCCAGAAGUAGCUGAGAUUGUAACUGUAAGUCUUGUAAAUAUCACCACAAUGGGUGUUCAAAACCAAGCCAAAGGAGCAACUAUUGACUUGAAUAAAAGAAGUGCGGUAUUGACUAUUCUUCCUAAUGAUUCCCCAUAUGGUGUGAUUGGCUGGGACACAAAUUCACGCCACGUCUUAGUGCAGGAGCCUGAAUUUGAUGCAAUUAAUAUCACUUUAACAAUUGUUCGCGAACAAGGAUUUGUGGGAGAUGUUGCUGUCCAGUACAGUACCAAACCAAAUCUUUUGCUUCUACCUGUUAAUCAAGCAACUGCAAACCAGGACUACAUUGCAAGACAGGGCACAGCAAUUAUAAAGGAGAAUGACACACAAGCUUUCAUUAGAUUUACAAUACUAUCUGAUAACAUUCCUGAAUUACAUGAAAGCUUUCUAGUUAACAUUACCAGUGUCAAAGUGGCUGAUACUGGAUCUGGAAGACAACCCAGUUUGAAACACUUGGGAAUGGAAUUGGCAGAAAUAACAAUUGAAGAGAAUGACAACCCCAGAGGAAUCAUCCAGUUCAAUGUGACAAGGGAUGAAACUAGUGCAAUUAUUGCUUAUGAGGUGGCCCCUCCAAGAAAUCUUCUACAAUUACUAGUGAUCAGAAGCUCUGGUACAUUUGGGGAGAUAAAUGUAGCUUGGGAAGCACGGCCAGAAAGUGCCAAUUUCUCAGAUUUCACACCAUCUUAUGGAAACCUCACCUUCGCUAAUGGAAGGUCUUCUGCUGUCCUAGAGAUCAUUAUAGUGGAUGAUAACUUGACAGAAUUUCUGGAGACGUUCACUGUUUUCCUGACUCGAGUAACAGGAGGUGCCAAAAUGGGAAACGAUAUUAUAGUUACCGUCAACAUUCCAAACAAUGAUUCACCUGUUGGUGUGUUUCAGUUUGGGGAACGAUCUGUGACUGUUGGAGAGCCAAAGACUGCUGACGAUCCAGCUGGACUGGUGUCCUUCACAGUCAGUCGUGAUGGUGGUUAUGGUCCAGUCCAGAUUGUUUGGCAGGUGGAUGAUUCUGCAGUUAAUGACCUUGGUCCUCUUGCUGGAACACUAUCAUUCAAUCAGACUGAGACGAAAAAAGUACUCAAUUUACGCAUUUAUCCAGAUACUCUUCUGGAGGGAGAAGAGUGGUAUGCGAUUCGACUCGUAUCUGCCACUGAUGAUGCAGAAAUAUCCCCUAUAUAUGGAAGUGCAACUGUAAUUAUUUUGGGUGACAGUGCAUCAUCUGGGAUGAUUGCCGUAGCUGAAUCAACAAAGCAGGUUCUAAUUGGAGAACCAGUCAGCGGCUACAAUGGGACUGCAUUUGUAACAUUAGUACGUGGUCCAGGAAUUUUUGGUGAAGUUACAGUUAACUGGAUUAUAACUCCAGCAGAUCUGAAUGAAUUUGUUGAAACAGGUGGAGCCCUUUUAAUGCGUGACAGGCAGGUGUCGGCCACCAUUUUGAUACAGGCAGUGGAUGAUGAUAUUCCUGAAGAGAAACAAUAUUAUCAACUCCAGCUGACUGGUGUCAGUGGUGGUGCUGUGAUUAACGACACAUCAGACUCUGCUAACAUCACCAUGGCGGCCAGUGACUUUCCAUAUGGUCAAUUUGCAUUCUUGAAUGAACGUCUUGAAACCUUUGAGAAUGGAGAACAGACUAAUGUUACUAUUGUACGAUAUCAUGGCAGUUUCGGCUGCAUUCACUUGUGGUAUCAGGCACAAAAUGGAACUGCACUAGAUGGCUUGGAUUUCACCUCUAUGUCCGGACAAUUAGCAUUUGAACCAGGAGAACAGUCAAAAUGGAUUUCAUUUGAUAUACUUGAUGACAAUAUUCCUGAAGGCCCUGAACACUUCUUCAUAAACAUUCUUAAAGUAGAGUUUCAGUCAGACAGUUUUCAUGAUUUCACUGUUGGAGAUCAUGGCCUAAAACCAGAUCAACCUCCUGUGUUGGGUAACAUCUCAUCUAUUAGGAUAGUAAUACAAGCCAAUGACAUUGUAGAAGGUAUUAUAGAGAUUGAUCCACAGUUCCUUCAUAUAGAAGUUGAGGAGGACAUUGGGAUACUUGGAAUUCCUUUGAUAAGAAAGUGGGGGACAUAUGGAUUUGUCACAGCGGAGUUUGCUUCUCAAGCUAUCACAGCAACUCCCAACGGAGUUGACUACAUUCUACCUAACGAUACAGUCCUAUUCUACCAUGGACAAAAGCAGGCCUUCAUCAAUGUAACCAUUAUUGAUGACAUAGAAAGUGAGCUUGAAGAGGAAUUUGAGAUUCACUUGAUAGCAGCAACAGGAGGUGCAAUACUUGGAACACAACUAACCACCAGAGUAACCAUUCGUAAAAGUGACUCCAUUGGUGGGACCAUUCGAUUUCUAAACCUAACCCAUCUGGUCAUCCCUAAUCUCAAUGUAACGCAGAUAUUAACGCUGAUACUGGAAAGGACUGGAGGAUUUUCUGGGGAUGUGCAAAUAAAAUGGAACAUUCUGGGUCCAAACUCAGAAGCAAUCUUGCCAUCAUCCAACACAGACAUAAAUGACCCCGUCAAUGGAACAUUCUUUUUUAGAGAUGGGGAGACUGGGAAUAGAAUCAUGGAAUUGAGUGUCUUGCCCCAUGAAGAAAUUGAAAUACAAGAGACUUUCAUCAUCCAACUUAGCCUGGACUUUGGUGAAGCAGAAAUUGACCAUAAGGCUGGAAAAGUGUUUCUAACAGUACAAAAAGUUGGUAAUCCCAAUGGAAUAGUUCAGUUCACCGAGGAGUCAUUGUACAUGAAAACUUUUCUGGAGCCAUCUAGUCAGGAAGAACUGUUGAAUAUUACAUUCUUUAUUACAAGAACUAAGGGAAAAAUGGGGAAUGUAAAGGUAUAUUGGUUGCUUCAGAGUGAUUCUGAUAUGACAGGAGACUUUUUUGCAAUCAAUGGCACAGUCAUAAUCCUGGACAUGCAGCUGAAUGCAGAAAUAAAUGUUCAGCUGUUGGCUGAUGAUGUUCCGGAGUUAGAUGAAGUUUACACAAUGAGGCUGACUUCUGUAGAAGGUGGAGCUGAUCUAAAUGAGGGAAAAGACAGUUCAAGAUUUCGGGUUCCUGCAAACGAUGACCCUUAUGGCCUGUUUGCUGUCUACUCAGAAGGGCAAACUGUGAUUGUUGAAAAUGACUUGAGUCGCUAUUUUCAGAUUAACAUUACAAGACAUGGUGGAACGUUUCAAGAUGUGCUUGUGGAAUAUAAGCUCAUAUUUCAUGGACAAGAUGGAUUUCUGGGGACUGUGGUUGUCGAAGAUGGUGCUAGAUUUGCUGUUUCCAGUGUUCCAAUCUCAAAUCAGACAUUCCUUGGACUGGAUUUUAAUCUUUCUAUUGAAUUAAUAAAUGCAAGUCUUUUGAAUGAAAAUCCUUCCGUUCCUCCACGACUGUUCACUGGGACUAACUCUGCCACUAUAUUUGUCCCAGAGGAAGCAGCAAAUUCUGAGGUUGGCUUUGAAUCUUUGAUUCUUGAAGUAUCAGAUGUUUCCGCUGGUACCUGUAGUGCCACAAUAACACGAAAUGGUGUCUAUGGAGUUGUAGUUGUAGAGUGGAGCAGUGGCUACCCUCAUGGUAUGACUCCUACUCGAUUUACACCUGGUAAUAUCAAACCUGCAUUUGGUUCUGUUGUCCUUUUGCACGGUGAAAAAAGCAAGCAAGUGUUUCUUACUGUACCCACUACCAACUUUACGGGAGUAGAAUCAUUCGCAGUACAUCUGACGGCAGUGCAUAGUAAUUCUUCUGGUAAAGCUGAACUAAGGUCAGGAUUCACUGUAGCUGAAGUUGAGCCACUUGGAGUCUUCCAACUUGCCCCCAAUUCGAGGCAGGUCCAUAUAGAGGAAGAUACAGGCACAAUUACUUUACAUAUCCAGAGAUUGUUUGGCUUCCAAGGCAAUAAAACAAAACUGACAUAUUACACAACAGCAGGAAGUGCCAAACCUACUGAAGAUUAUGAGCACAUCCAAAAUGGAGAACUCAUCUUUACUUUACAUCAGAUUGAAGCAUUCAUUAAAUUGUUUAUCAUCAAUGAUAAUAUUCCAGAAAUGGAUGAAGUAUUCUACCUAAAUUUAUCCAGCAUUGAAGUUCUGGGUUUUGGGCCAAAUAAUACAGAGGCGAAACCUCACUUGAAUCUAGACUUUAGUGUGUCAUCUAUAACCAUUAUUGCCAAUGAUGCCACUAAUGGAGUUCUAAGUAUUGGACCCACAGUAAUACACACUUUAGAGGAUACUGAGAAUGCUACGAUGCAUGUAGUGCUUCUUAAGAUUCAAAGAACACUGGGAUUUACUGGGAUCGUUGGUGCAAAUGUAAUAACGUUUGGAGGAAAAAAGGCCGCAGAUGGUUUAGAAGAAAGUCCUUUCCAAAACGUCCAACAAAACUCGACUUUUUCCUGGGCCAGAGAAGGAGCAGAUUUUGAAGAUGAAACCUUGAAUGUUACUUUACAGAAUGAGCAAAGGGAGAUCAGUGUAUCUGUCAGGAUCUUUGAUGAUAAUGAACCAGAGGGACAAGAGUUUUUUUAUGUCUACCUAACAGAUCCUCGUGGAGGGGCAAGACUUGUGGAAGGAAAAGAUGAAUAUGGUUACAUGGCUUUUAUGCAGAUCAUUAUCUUAGGAAGUGACAUACAGAAUGGCAUUUUUGGUUUUACAUGGGUCGCCCCAAGUAACCUAGUGUUGGAUGAAGACUCUGAACAUAGGAAGCUUCAGCUAACUGUUGAGAGACAAAGAAACAGAUCUUUUGAGGACGUGAAGAUUUUGUGGCGUGUGACGUUUAAUAAAUCAGAUGUUGUACUACAAAGUAAUGAGGUAGAUCUGGUCAGUGAGCUGACAGCUAUAUCGGGAAUGACCCAUUGUAUUAGUGGAGAGGUUGAAUGUACUAUCGUCAUUGAAAUCAAGCCAGACAAGAUCCCAGAAUCUGAAACAUGGUUUUUUGUGGAAAUCUAUGAAGUCAGUGCUGGAGCCAUGAUAAAUAGCAGUGCUCGAUUUUUAAACAUUACCAUUCUGGAGAGUGAUAUGCAGCACAAGCUGAUCUUUUUCGCUGUGGGAUCUCGGCUUCCUGUCAUUCAUCAAAAGGCCACAUUUGUCAGUCUGCAGGUCAUCAGGGAGGCUGGUACAAAUGCAGUUGUCAGUGUUGGCUAUCAUACACAGGAAUUAAGAAGGGCUGAACUGGUAGGCCAAACCUUAGUGAUGCCAGCUAUUGCAGGGAUGGAUUUUGUAAAGUCGGAAGGCACUUUAACUUUCCAACCAGGGCAGUCGAGUGUUCCAUUGGACAUUCUCCUAACUCCAGAAUUGGCAUCUUCAAAUCCAUUGCCAAAGCGAUUUCAGGUUGUGCUCUACAAUCCAACUGCAGGAACUCAGCUGGAUAAGAAUUACAACAUAGCAAACAUCACAAUAGUUACAGAUGCUAACUCUCAGUUCUUCUGGGGUUUGAUUGAUCAGUUAUACCAACCCUUGGAUAAUGAUUUGAUAAACGAAAUUCUUCAGAAACUGCAAAGCAAGAUUAACAUAGAGGCCACAGGAGAACAACUCAGUGCAGUAAUGGAGGUGUUAGAAAAGGUGAUACAGGAAGGAGAGAAGAAGCCAAUCAGUGACACCAACAGAGAGUUACUUUAUAAUAAUCUUUGUGCGCUACUAGACCCUACACGCAAGGAUACUAAAGGAUUUAGUCAACUGGCAGAAGUGACUGAGAGGUUUGCCUUCUCACUGCUCACUGACAUAGAAUGUGGAUCACCUGGUGAGAGGGGCAAAACGGUUCUUGAUAGUUGCCAGUACCUCACAAUUAAAUCAUAUCACUGGUAUCCCCAACAAAUUAAUGGACACAGAGUUGAAGGAAGAAAUGGUGAUUUCCUGCAAAUUCCUGAGCGCCUGCUGGAUGUUCCUUUUACAUCUUCAAUUAACACAGGGAGUGAAAGUUGUCAACGUGUGCAAUUCACAGAAUAUAGCAGCCAACAGUGGUUUCAAACGAGUGUAAAAGGAAUUGCACUCAACAGUAAGGUAUUUUCUGCAAGUUUAAAGAAUCGGAGUUCAUGGCCCCUUGCGGACAACAUUGAAAUAAUCUAUCAGAUUCACAAUGCGGACAAUCGCAUUGUUCCACACAAAUCUGCAUGCCUUCUUUGGAACCAGGCAGCUGAAAGUUGGUUAUCAGACAAACAAUUUUGUCGCGUGGUUGAAGGUACCAGUAAUUAUGUGGAAUGUGCCUGCUCCCACAUGUCCAUUUACACAGCUUCUGCACAAACAGACAGUCUUUCCUUAUACAAUGAAGCCUUCUUUGCAGCUGCAUUUAUUUGCAUUUCAGGUUUUGCUCUGGCCAUUUUGUGUCAUUUGCUGUGCUCAAGAUUCUCCAUGUUUGCAGCCAAACUUCUCAUACACAUGAUGGUUGCCUGCCUGGGAACUCAGAUCUCAUUUUUGAUGUCCAUUUACCUGAGUCGAGAACUCUCUGAUGAAAGUUGCUCUGCCCUUGGACUGGUAUUGCAUUAUCUCUACCUGUGCCAGUUCAGCUGGAUGCUUAUUCAGUCUAUCAAUUUCUGGCAAGUUCUCGUGAUGAGUGAUGAACACACAGAUCGGCGAUACCUGCUUUUCUUUCUUCUGAGUUGGGGUUUACCAGCAUUUGUUGUGGCUCUACUUGUAAUUAUCCUGAGAGGGGGCUAUCACUGGACCAUGCAAGAAAUCUAUGGCACUGUAUAUGGUGAUGUGUGA